GGAGGACAAUAGCUGAGAAUUCUCGGAUUCAGCGAAAACUUGCCGUGAUGGAGAAUGGACGUAUGGAAGCGAGAUGAAAGUGGGAUGAGGAUCAGGGUGUGGGAAAUCGAGAGAGUGAGAUCGAGAGUGACAGAUGUUGAUGACGAUCAUGUCCCAGUCCCCCGUGACCUCGCCCCCCCUGAUGACACAAGGCCGGGGGGCGCCCUUGCCCCUGGAUGCCCUCCCUUCUCACUCCACCUCUGCCUCUGCGGACGACGAUGACGACGGUUCAUCGUUGCAAGAGGAUAAACGGCAUUCCCCGGAGCCCGCCCCACUCCCCCGUCGAAACAAGAGGAAAAACUUCAAGCCUCGGAACAUCAAUUAUCAGUACGAGGAGAAGGAGCUCGAGGGGGGAGGGGAAGAAGGGGAGGAGGGAGAAGAGAACGGGGAAGGAGGAUCCCUGGACUUGAGGAGCGACGAUGCCCUCCCCAUGGAUCUCAGCGUGAGGAUGGACGGCGACGACGAGGACGACGGCGACCUGGACGAAGACGACGACGACGACGAAGAGGAGGAGGAGGAGGAGGAAGCGUCGUCCAAAGGAGACGAGGGAAGGGUCGCCGGGUCGACAGCGAGGAUGGCAACCACCAUCCAGCAAGAGUCGGCCACACGGAUCAAGGCAUACGCGGAGAACACGAUGCAGGAACUGCUGAGGCUCUGGGGGCUCCCCGAUGCCACCGCCCGCUCCAUCACCCAGCAGGUCCCUCUCGUCAAUUUCCAACCCGGGAAAAUCCUGGACAAUCUGUCGACGAGAUGCGUGGAGAUGGAGUCAGCCACGACCACGCCGACCACGACAUCCACCUCCACCGCCUCCACCACCCCGACCGGGGAGAUGGAGCUGGGUGGAGGCGUCCCGGUCCCGGCCCAGAUCCCGGUCCCGCUCUCCCUUCCGGGGCAUCCCCCUACCCCUCCUCACACUCCUUUGACCCCGGGGAGUUUGAUGUGCAAGCUGCCCCCGCCUCCUCUUUCGCCUAGUCUCUCCGAGCCUGUCUCCGCGCCCAGCAUCAGGAUCUCGACAUCCCUGGGGGUGUUGCCAGGGGCACUGUUGCACUUCCAGACCCUGGGGAUGGAUCCCCUCCACCCCUCCUCCACCGCCCCUCCACCCGUCUCCACAGCCGCCUCCAAUCCCCUUGCCUCUGUGAUAUUAAAACCUGGCGCGAGGGGGCUCGGGAGCUCGGUGGGAGGAACGGGAACGGGAACGGGAACGGGAACGGGAAAGACCAAGAACGCCCCGAUCGACUACACCCGAUACGUGCGACGGUUCUCGAACGCCACCGAGUGCGGCUCCUCCUACUGCCGGGACCUCAACUACAGGGAGCACUUCCAUUGCCUGGACUGCAACUCCCGCGUGUUCGUGAAGAAAGAGGAGAUGAUCCGCCACUUCAAAUGGCACAAGAAGCGGGACGACUCCCUCCAGCACGGCUUCCUCCGCUAUUCCCCCGGCGACGACUGCACGGACCGCUUCUCGAACUGCUCGCACAACCGGAAGCAGACGCACUACCACUGCCUGAAGGAGGGGUGCGACAAGGUGUACAUCAGCACGUCGGACGUGCAGAUGCACGCCAACUACCACAGGAAGGACUCGGCCAUCAUCCAGGAGGGAUUCCAGCGGUACAGGGCGACCGAGGACUGCAAGACGGAGCACUGCGCCUUCAACGGGCAGCGGACCACGCACUUUCACUGCAGGCGGUCCGGGUGCAAGUACACCUUCAAGAACAAGGCCGAUAUGGUUUGGGGUCGUCCUGCAGAGAAACACAAGACCUACCACAUCCGAGACGAGCAGCUGAGCCGGGACGGCUUCAAGAAGUUCAUGAAGUCGGAGGAGUGCGGGUUCGAGAACUGCCGCUUCUCCCGCGCCGCCAACCACAUCCACUGCAUCCGGCCGGGCUGCCUCUACGUCCUGCACAGCUCCGGCCAGCUCUACUCGCACAAGCGGAAGCACGAGCGGCAGGACUCGGAGUCGGCGUUCCGGAAGCACCGGCUCAGCGAGCAGCUGCUCCAGCGGAACACGGACUCCAACUCGUCCGAGUUCCCGCCGUCCACCUCUCACGGAGGAUCAUCGGACGGCGGAGGCAGCCCCUCGACGUCUCCCCUCCCCCUCGUCCUGCCCCUGGCCCUGGACGCCGGGGCCUCGAACGGAAGCGCGGAUGCUUCCAUCCCCAACACGCAUCUCCUCCCGCCCGAAUUCGGCGUGGGAGAAGGAGACUUAUGGCGGAGGUACCUGCAUCGGUUCACGCCGUCGGACCCGUGCGUGCCGCAAUGCGAGCUGGCGUGCGUGAACGAGCAUUUCCACUGCCAGGUCCCCGGCUGCUUCACCGUCUUCUGCUCCAUCGACGGGGUCCGGGAUCACGCCCGGAAUCACCACCUGCAGGAGGUGGUCACCGCCACCUCUUACACCGUCGGGGGGCCCAGCCUUCCUCCGUGUCCCUCGCAUUGCCCUCACGGCCCAUCCCAGCUGCACUAUCACUGUCGAUGGGAGGGUUGCAAGGAGGUGAUGUUCCCGAUGGACAAGCCGUUCCGACGCCUGGACCACUUCAAGAUGCACGAGUAUUCCUGCAAGAUGAACAUGCACGGGUCCUCGAAGGACCUCGGUUCUUCGGGCAACGCCCUCGAUGGAUUCUUCCGCCGGAAACGCGGGAGGCCACCCAAGAACCGGGUGAUCGAGGUUCCCUCCGUAUCGUCGAGCACCGACGCUCCGCAAGCCAUCUUCACCAGCUUCAAACUCCCCAAGGCCUCCCCCUCCUCCCCCCUCAGCCUGCCCCUCCUCCCCCCGUCGAAGCUGGAGGUGAAGGACGGCUUCUACGUGGUGGGGGGCGGGGGGGACUGUCCGCUCUACCCCCACCAGAGUCGGUCCAGGGCGUCGCAUUAUCACUGCGCGCAGCCGCGGUGCUUCACGGUCCUCGAGGACGACGGGGAGGCGGAGGUGCAUUCCAAGGAGUUCCAUGCUAAGGUCGAGAUUCUCGAUGGGUUCAUCUAUUUUCAUCAUUCGCUGGAUUGUCGACAUCCCACUUGCCCCAGCAACGGCUCGCGGGGUCACUUCCACUGCCUGGAGCCCGGGUGUGGACACAGCUGCGAGACGCCCUCGGGGAUGACCUCGCACGCGGAGCGGCACCGGGAGCCGCUCAAGGUGGAUGUGCAGCAGGGGGAGAAGGAGACGAGCAGUCCGGCUCCCAGUCCGCCGCAGGCGCCCCUUUCGCUCACGAAGGAGAAACAAGGUGUGGUGAAGGCGGCGGGGACUUUCUAUCCGCUGUCUGCCUUCCCGCAAUCGCGACCGAGAGGGUCCCCGUCCGACAAGGACAAGAACAAGGACAAGGACAAGGACAAAGCGAAGGACAAGGAGAGGGAGAAGAGCCAGGACGAGGGCGACGGGUCCAGCGACUCCGAGGCCAGGCCCGGCGACAGCAACGACGAGGAUCACCCAGACGAGAGGAAGCGAGAAGACGGUUCGGCCGCGACGACCAUCCCCCGUUUGUCCGGGGUAUACCCGUCGAGCUCGGGAUCGACGGGGCUGUCGGGGCUGCUGAGCCAACCGGGGCUGCCGGUGGGGGGCGUGAGCGUCCCGCAGCACUCGCUCCUCGCGCACCCGCAGUACUCGCCCGACAAUGCGUGCGGGAGGCCGUUUUGCAAGCUCAAGAAGAGGGAGCACUUUCACUGCAACAUAUGCAAUCAGGCGUUCUCGGAGGCGGAUCGGCUGCAGCCUCACAUCCAGAAGCAUCUGCUCGGGGGAUCUGGAUUCCUGGGGACGAAUGCUGCUUCCUCGUCCGCUUCGGAAAGCCCUGCCGCCGAGUCCAACACCGGUUCCAUCCUCACCAACGGGAAACGGGAAGAAUCCGGGGAUCUCCUCUACGGGUCCCUGAGUUCGGUAUCGUCCGCCGCAGCGUCCGGGAUGUUCAGCCCGUACGCGGCCGCGGCCGCGGCAGCCGCCGCCGCCGGGGCGUUCCUCCCGCCCGGAUCUCGCCAUCCGAAUCCUUCGCAGUUCUUCCCCUACGGCCCCGCCUUCUUCAUGGCUCAGCUCUCAGCAUUCCAAAACGCCAUGCCAGGGAUGUUGGGCCCGGGCGGAGGGGGAGGAGGGACGGGCAUGCCCUCCUGCGAGGGCAGCGGGGGAGGCAGCCUGCUGGGGAAGCGGUCGUCCCCGGUCAUGCCAGGGGACUCGCCGGGACCGGGAGACCCGAGGCGGCCUCGCAUCACCUCACUUCGACUACUCAAGGACGAGCCCGUGCCGGAUGGCUACGUCCGAUUCAGGUUCAACGAGGACUGCGGGUACACGCACUGCGGCUACCGGGAGCACCAGACCCACUUCCACUGCACGCGCAGCGACUGCGGCUACUCGUUCUGCGACAAGACGCGCUUCGUGCAGCACACCGCGCGGCACGAGCGCCUGGACACGCUGAUGGGCGGGGACUUUGCGCAGUAUAGGGCCCACAUGCCAUGUCACAGACCGGGCUGCCCGUAUCAGCAGCAGCAGGGGCAGACCGCGUCCAGCGCCCCGAACAAGGCGUCGCACUUCCACUGCAUCAAGUGCGAUUUCGUCUGCUCGGACACGAACAAGGUGGUGGCGCACCGGAGGCAGCAUCAGAAGCUGGACUCCAUCGCGGCGGCGGGGUUCGCGAAGUCCACGCCGUCGCAGGAGUGUGGCAUCCCAGGGUGCCAGCACAACCGGCGGCAGACGCAUUACCACUGCAUGAUAUGCCGGUUUGCGGUUCUUGGACUCUCGCAGAUGUCGGCUCACAAGUAUCGACACUCCACUGAUCAUUGAGCGUUUUUUUUUUUCUCUUCUCAUCCAGAAAUUCAGUUUUUUUUUUUCGUCUCCCUAGAAACAUACCGUGAUACGAUAUUUUGUAGAAUAGGGAAUUUUUUGCAUGUGCCAUUUUUUGCCUUCGUCUCCCUCCUUUCUUCUCGAUGUGCACAAAAAGAAAAAAAAAUUCAAAGUGCCUCUGGAGGUCCCGUGUCCGAUUGCCAUAUUGCAGAAACUGACGUGCCUUCGUUCCAUUUGCCAUAUUUUUUUUGUUGUUUGUCUUCGACUCGUGUGUUAUAUGAGCCCAAAAAUGCCUUGCUCUUGCCUUUUCCCAUCCUGUGCCUUCCACCUUUUUUUUCAUGGACUUCCCCCAGCCAUAAGGGCACAAACGGGAGUAUUUUUUUCUUCGAUCUUGCCUUGGAGGAAGUGGUGUGAUAUAAUUGAAGGUGAAAACUUGCCCGCGCCUUACUUCCAAUCUGCCUUCGAGUCUUGCCAAUUUUCUUUUUGUUUUUCCCUUGCCUUUUUUUUCGUGUGUGAUCCUGCCUCUCUAAAAUUUCAACAUAAAAAAUUCCUCCUCCUUUUCUUUGAUUUCUGUGCGUGUAGGCGUUUAGAGAAGUACAAAACCAAGUUGGGAAAACUUGGGGCUUUUUUCCCUCCCGAUUUUAAAAUUGAAAAAAUUCUUUUCCUUCUUUCUUCCCGCGCCGACGUGUGAUGACGCGGCAAACAUCCUUCGAUUUGUAUUUAUUGUGGUGUGCGUGGUGAGAGAGAGAUACACACAGUCAGUAUUCCUGAGAUCAACAAGGCAGGCUUUUAUUUUUUUUAAAUUUUCUUUUUCCUCCCCAUUCUGCCCUAGUCAACUCGCGAUAUUCGGGAAAAAAAUCUUCUUUCCCCCCCUGGAUUUUUUUACCCUCCAAAUUUUUUUUUUCUUUCAGCAAACUAAAACCAAAAAAAAAGGACGUUGACCCCCGGUGCUCCUUCCCCGGUUUGUCUCCUCACCAGCACAAUUUUCCCCCCGAAAUGUAUUGUUCGGGGAAACCUGCCAAUUUUUAUCGCCCUCGUGCCAUGUUUGUCUCAAAACUCAGUAUCCAAGAGUCCUGCUCCUUUUUCCUUCUUUCCUAUUGUGAAUACGGUCUUUUAUUUUUAUUUUCCCUUCCUGUAUUCCCGGUUGAGUUUUGUGUCGGACGACGAUGGGAUUUCGGUUGGAACAGGGUAUCGACAGCAUCAGCUGUGAGUCGUUUCAUUUUCCUUACCAGGGUUUUUUUUUUUAAUUGUAUCAUUUUUAGACCUCACGAAAGAAAUUUCCUUUCCCGG